AUGAACGUGACGCUAAAAUGUCGUGACACGUUCCUGUCCCUCGGGGGCCCAACCCCUCCACCCCUUCUGUGGGCCCGAUCCCCGCUCUUGACUUGUCUCACGCCCCCGGCCUCUCUGAUGCUGCCCCCCCGCAAGAGCUACCGCAUGGAGGACUGGCUGCACUUCGUUGAGACGUUCUCCAGCUACAUCUUCAAGGGGGACGUGCUGCCCGAGGCCUUGCGGGCCCUGUGUUGGAGCCUGUGCAGCAUGGUCACGCACUACUUCUGGCCGCGGCCCCCUGACGAGACCCGUGAGCAGUUCCUGGUGGCAGCCAAGGCGGCUGCAUGCAAGCUCAGAGCUUACACGACCAGGCUGGAGGAGUUGGAGGUGCCGGACUACAUGUUCACGGUCAACCUGCAUAUCUGCAUAUGCCGGCUGUACGACCAGGAGUGCCAGCUUGGGUCCGCGGCAGGGUUCUCCGACCUGCCGGUGGAACGCAUGAUGCAGCAAAUGAAGACGCAAGGCGGAAGGAUGGUGUCACAGGCACCCGAGAAGCACUACACGCAGUGGCUGUGCCUGAUGCGGGCCUCCGAGUCGCUCACCGAGGCAGACCCCGCGACCGGGGCCAAACACACGACCAACCAGCAGCUUGAGAGGAUGUUGGCACGGCGCGCAGCCCGCUCCUUUUUGCGUGCCAAGGCACUCGACGAGGAGCAGUACUUCGGGGCUGAGUAUGGGCGCCAGCAGCAGCGGACCUCCUGCUGGGCAUGCUACCAGGCAGAAGUCGGCAACAAGACUCGGACGUAUGCGGCCUACCUCAAGUACUUCGUCCACCUGCCCGCAGAAGAUGGUGCUCAGGAUGUCCGCUUCACUGUUGCAGAUGUGUACUCGGGACAGGUGUUCAGCGGGGGGCUGGUGGUGGUCAACAUGGCGGCCGCCCAGACAGCGAGGGUAGGCAGCCAGUGGGAGAUGUGGCAGGACCUAGGGCUGCCGCUAAGCCACCUGAUUUGCCGCCUUAAGGCAAGCUUGUGUAUGGCCCUCUACAAGACGGGGGGCCCGGAGGGCCUGGCCAUCGGCGGGCCCGCGCCUGGCAAGGCGACCGCCACCAGCAACUUCAUGACGCAGUUUCAGAAGAAGGUCUUGGACAAGAUCCUGCGACCGUCGACUAUCACUGCAGACCACGGUGCUGUGGCAGCCGCAGUGGGAGCUGAGGCAGUGGAUACUGCAGCUAACGACGGUGAUGGUGCAGCAGUGAGAGCAGCCGCUGGGGACCACGAACAGGCGGUGGGUGGCGGAGAGGCUGCUGCCAUGGGCACGCAUGCCGUGGAUGGUGGCACGGGUGGCGGCCGCACAGCAGGCGUCGCAGCAGCAGCAACCGCAGGGGGGGACACCGGCACGGGUCCCAGGCAGGGCGAGGCGGGCUUUGCCCAGGACGAGGAUACCACCAACUACGAUGCGUUCAAGGAGUGGGUCGGCGAGGUGCCAAGAGCGGCUAAGGGCGCAGCUGGCAAGCGCAGGCGGGGUGGCGGUGAUGACGACGACCUGGGUGCGAGGUCGGGGCGCAAGGUUGGAAAUAAACGGCAGAAGGGGAACAAGGGCGCAGGCCGGGGCAGGGGUGCAAGCAAGGGGACCACCAGAGGAGUAGGCACGAACUCUGCAAGUGGUGGUGAGACUCCUUGGCGAGCACUUGCUGGUGGUGAGACUCCUUGGCGAUCCGGAACCGCCGCUGGCAUGCGUGGUGGUCGAGGGCGUGGACGCAGCAGCGGCGGGAGAACUGGGCGCGGGACAGGGCGCGUGGACAGCAACACAGGCGGUGGAGCCGAGGAGGCAUUGGUGUCUGGAGAGAACGAUGCAAUUCAGGACGAGGAUACCACCAACUACGAUGCGUUCAAGGAGUGGGUCGGCGAGGUGCCAAGAGCAGCUAAGGGUGCAGCUGGCAAGCGCAGGCGGGGUGGCGGUGAUGACGACGACCUGGGUGCGAGGUCGGGGCGCAAGGUUGGAAAUAAACGGCAGAAGGGGAACAAGGGCGCAGGCUGGGGCAGGGGUGCAAGCAAGGGGACCACCAGAGCGUUCACGGGUUUCGGUUGCACGGCGAUCGAGGAGGCGGAGUUCGGCCGCCAGGUCGGGGUCCAGCUUGGUUGCUGCCAUGAACUGUUUGACGACUCAUGUUCGUUCGUCGGGUGUGGUAGAGAGCGGGCGGAGGAGGCGGAUGUGGUCGAGUGUCUUGUAGCGGGUGAGCAACACGUACAUGGUUGCAUGCUUGAGGCCACCGGGCGGGACGGAAAGGUCCGCGACCCAGCAUUCUUCCUUGAAGCUACGGCCCUGUACGAAGUAGUCGGUGACGGCGUAGUAGUCACCAAGUGGUACAUUGACUCGACGUACAUUUUUGGUGGUGGUGCCGGUGUUGGCGGCUGGCACGGUGAUGUUUGCUGCCGCCCUGUAGUCCGGGUCUUGAUGGGCAGCAGCUCGUGCAGCCGUGUCCCGGUGUUGUUCUGCAGCCCUGCGCCCCGGAUCCAGAUGAGCAUCCCGCAUCCGGGCUGCAUCUACGCUGAGUGUACCCAGGCGCUCAUGACUGCGUGUCCCAGUCCGCUGGGGUGA